AUGAUAUACCUCAAUGUAAUCGGUGUCGAACAAAGGGACUACAGUGUAUCCGCCCAGGACGGAAACGGCCCUUCAGACAUGGCUCCUCUGCCAAUUAGACUCCAUACUGGACCGAAACGCCCAGCCCGGAGGAUCGCUGCAGAGAGGGAUACUAAUGCCCGUUUGACGUCACCCCCCAUACACGGGGAUAGCUUCUCUAUCGAUGACAGGACGGAUCUAGCCCACAUUCAAGCGGAGGCGCCGGCCGCAUUAGCACAUGAACCUCUUGCCACGGCAGCCUCACCGACAACUCCUGGCAGUUCUACCAUCCUCCAUUCUGCAGGCUCGGAUGGCAUGAUACCAUCGCCGUCCAGUGUUGACCAUCUUUCACAUUCACACCCUUCAAACUAUCGACAUGUGCCUACCCAGCAUCUACCAGUCUUAUCACAGCGAGGACCUUCUUGGGGCGGUAUACUUCACAGCCUCGAGCCUCCACAAGAUCAGGAUCGACCGUUAGAUGGUGUGCAAGAAGCUUGCCUUCUACGGUACUACGUCGAAGAGCUCUCACACUGGUUUGAUCUAGUUGACCCCCAACGGCUCUUUCAGCUUCUCGUCCCCGAGCGUGCCCGAAAAUACCCCCCUCUCCUCAACGCAAUCUUUGCCGUUUCAACACGCCGAAUGUGUCGGGUCGCCACCUUCAAGACACCUCAAGGAAUUGUCUACCGUGGUCAACACUUACCGAAUCUAACCCCAGGCGCCGCCGUCGAGUAUAUGCUCAAGUGUAUUCCGGUGCUCAAAGAGUUUCACACAACUAGAGAUGGAGAAGCACGCGAGUUAAUCGUGACAACGGCCGUGGUAUUGCGUCAGUUUGAAGAGAUGGACGAUGAAGAGGACGAUGAUAGUACUGCCGAUGCGCCUAUGGAUGAACGAGUCAACUUUCUGGCAAUUCUCAAUGCUGUGCUUCGAAGUCUGACCUCAGAUGACUUGGUUCACCACCGAGAGCUCUUGAACGCGUCGUAUUGGAUAGCGUUGAGACAAGAGGUCUAUUAUGCACUUCGAAGAGGCUACUCACCACAGAUGGUUGAGCCACCAGCCGAGUGGGCAGAUAUAUCACCAGCAAACAAGCUCAUCUUCCAUACCAGCCAGGUUACAAAGUGGCUGUUUGAGGACAAGUCUGAAACUGGUUGGCAGAGACUGAAGGAACAGGAGAGAUAUCUCGAACAAUACGUUGUAGGGCGAUUUGCCCCUAUCCUUUCCCGACCCCCGGAUAGGACGAAAGGGGAGGUGUUUCCGACGAUAUGGUACGCGUCAAAUAUCGCCCUCACGGGUAUGCAGCAUAUGAUGAUGGCCAAGAUGAUUCUGGUUGCUGAAUCGCCAUUCCUCGGACGAGGUGAUGCAGAUGCCCGUGCAGCUUACCGGAGAGCCGAAGGUGACGUGAGGUCCCUGGUACUUGACGUCUGCGGUACUGCCGUUCAGCACCCAGAAACGCCACCAGCUCUAGUGAACGCGACUCUGGCAAUUCAAUUAUACGGCAACUACUUUACAGACCCGUGGGAACGAGAUGCUCUGAAAGGCAUCGUGCAAAUGUUCAAGGAUUGUCAGGCAUGGCCUGUACCCAAGGCACUACGGGCAUUAGAUUAG